AUGCUCAAUAGAAUAAUAACACAUGGUUCACAGGGGAUAAUAAGGCAUGGUAUACGGACUUGUUUAUGUGGUAGUUCGAUUCGUAUAAGGCAAUUUCAUCAUACUCACACGAUAUUAGAACCAAUAAAUGGUGAAGUAAAGAAAAAACCUAAAAUUACUAUAGAAAGAAAUCAAAAUGAUAAAACUCAAGCUUCUGAAGAUAAUAGUGAUAAUAAAAAAGAUUCAAAUAAAGAUGAUAAGAGUGGAGAUGAUGGUUCUGUAUUAGAUUUACCAAUUCAUGAUGAAUUGAAAAGAAAAAUUGAUGAUUCUUUAAUUAAGAAUUAUGUUGAUACAAUGAAAGUUUUCAAUCAACUAAAUUCAUUGGGAUUCAAUUCAAAACAAAGUGAUAUUAUAUUACAAUUAUUGAAUGAAAAUUUAACAUAUCAAUUAGAUAAGAUGAAUGGGAAAUUUACUUCAUCAAUGGAAAUGGAAAAUGAAUUAUAUCUUUUCGAAGCUGCACAAUCUGAAUUAAGAAUUGAAAUUAAUACAUCAAGAGAAUUAGAUCUACAUAAUUUGGAUAGAAUGAAGAAUUCUUUAGAUGAUUUAGUUCGUGAAGAAGGUGAAGAUUUAAAUAAAUUUAUGAUUGUAAGUCAAAAUGAUACAGAAGUUUCGGUUCAUCAACAAAGAAAUGAAAAUACUCUAUUACAAAAAGGUAUCAAGAUGAAAAUUAAAGAUUUAGAUAAUAAAAUUAGUACAAAUAUUAAUAGUGAUAUUAAAUCUGAUAUUGAAAAUUUAAGAUGGCAAACUACAAGAUCUGGAUUAGCUGCAAUUUUAGUACUUGUUUUUUCUAUAAUUGGUGGGGUUUCAAUAAGUAAAAAAAUUAAUAGAGAUGAACAACCAACUGAAGUUAUUUUACAUACUAUAAAACCUGAAGAAAGAAUUGAUGAUGAAGAAGAGGAUGAACAAGUAUUGAAAUAG